GUUUGGAUUUUGGGCGCCAUUUUCGAGUGGAGCAGCCGAGCUGGGAGCAGGCAGCGUCUGGGCAUCCCGCGGAAAAAAUAGCAGGAGCUCUACCUCCAAAAAGCCCCGUCACCGGAGCCCCGGGACAACGCCAAAAAUCCGCAAAAAAAUCAAGGCACCCCCUGGAGAAAAGGCGGAGCGGCCGGAGCUUUCCUUCAGAUCAUCAUGCCACCCAAGAAGACCAAGGUUUCUACUGCAGUGGCCCCAAAACCUAGUGAGGAUCCAGUAGAAGAAACUGACGCAGUCCCGUCGUCUGAAGAAGCCCAGGGAGAUAAGGAGGCACCUUCAAAAAAGCCCCAAAAUGAGGUGGUUGAUAAUCGAACUUUAGAGGAGAUUUUGAGUAGCAUCCCUCCUCCCCCACCUCAAGCAAUGACCAAUGAAGCUGGAGCUCCUCGUCUCAUGAUAACUCAUAUUGUAAACCAGAACUUCAAAUCGUAUGCUGGGGAAAGGAUUCUGGGGCCUUUUCAUAAGCGCUUUUCUUGCAUUAUUGGGCCUAAUGGUAGUGGAAAAUCCAAUGUGAUCGAUUCAAUGCUCUUUGUUUUCGGAUAUCGCGCACAAAAAAUAAGAUCCAAAAAGCUUUCUGUUUUAAUACAUAAUUCCGAUGAGCACAAAGAUGUACAAAGUUGUACAGUAGAAGUUCAUUUUCAAAAGAUCAUAGACAAGGAAGGGGAUGAUUUUGAUGUUGUUCCUAACAGCAAUUUCUAUGUUUCCCGAACGGCCUGUAAAGAUAAUUCUUCUGUCUACCACAUAAGUGGAAAGAAAAAAACAUUUAAGGAUGUUGGUGUGCUGCUACGAAGUCAUGGCAUUGAUUUGGAUCAUAAUAGGUUCUUAAUUUUGCAGGGUGAAGUUGAACAGAUAGCAAUGAUGAAGCCAAAAGGUCAAACUGAACAUGAUGAGGGAAUGCUGGAAUAUUUAGAGGAUAUAAUUGGAUCAGAAAGAUUAAAGGAGCCCAUUCAAAUUCUCUGCCGCAGAGUUGAACUCUUAAAUGAGCAAAGAGGAGAAAAGUUAAAUAGAGUUAAAAUGGUAGAGAAAGAAAAAGAUGCAUUAGAAGGAGAGAAAAACAAUGCCAUUGAAUUCCUGACACUAGAGAAUGAAACUUUCAAGAAGAAGAAUCAGAUCUGUCAAUAUUAUAUACAUGAUUUGCAAAAGCGUAGUCAAGAUAUGGAGGCACAAAAAGAAAAGAUUCAAGAAGAUACAAAGGAAACAAAUGAGAAAAGUAAAUUACUUGCUGAAGAACUGAAAGUGAAGAAUAAGGCUUUGAAAGAUGUGGAAACGCAACUAAAUAAAAUUACAAAAUAUAUUGAAGAAAACAGAGAAAAAUUUACACAGUUAGACUUACAAGAUGUGGAUGUUCGUGAAAAAUUGAAACAUGCAAAAAGCAAAGUAAAAAAACUUCAAAAACAACUUCAGAAGGACAAAGAGAAGGUGGAAGAAUUAAAAUGUGUGCCUGCAAACAGUCAGAAAAUUAUUGCAGAAGCAACAAGUAGAAAAGAAGUACUGGAAAAAGAUAAAGACAAGGAAGAAGAAAAAUUAAAAGCAGUCAUGGAUAGCCUUAAAAAAGAAACACAAGGCUUACAAGAAGAAAAAGAGGGUAAAGAGAAAGAAUUGAUGGAACUAAGCAAGGCUGUGAAUGAAACUCGUUCAAAGAUGGAUGUGGCCCAGUCAGAGUUGGAUAUAUAUUUGAGUCGCCACAACACAGCAGUUGCACAACUUAACAAAGCUAAGGAGGCUUUAAAUGUUGCUUCUGCAACUCUAAAAGAAAGAACAGCUGCCGUAAAAGAGUUGGACACAAAAUUACCCAAAUCUCUUGAAGACCUUAAGAAGAAAGAAAGUGAAUAUGAAUCGUUAGUGCAUGAAGAAAAUAAUAUAAAGAGCCAAGUUCGAGAGCUGCGGCAGAAGGUAGAAGAAGCAAAGAGUUCUUUAUCUGCCAACCAAAGCAGGGGAAAGGUUCUUGAUGCUCUGAUUCAACAGAAGAAAUCUGGAAAAAUUCCUGGUAUUUAUGGAAGAUUGGGUGACCUUGGAGCUAUUGAUGAGAAGUAUGACGUGGCUAUUUCAUCAUCCUGUGGUGCCCUGGAUAAUAUUGUUGUUGAUACAAUCGAUACAGCUCAAGAAUGUGUAAAUUUUUUGAAAAAGCAAAAUGUUGGUGUAGCAACAUUCAUUGGAUUAGAUAAGAUGAAGGUCUGGGGAAAAGGAAUGGACAAGAUUCAGACCCCUGAAAAUAUUCCACGCUUGUUUGAUAUGGUGAAACUAAAAGAUGAACAAAUUAGACCAGCAUUCUACUUUGCGUUACGGGAUACAUUAGUUGCUGAUAAUCUGGACCAUGCAACUAGAGUUGCUUUUCAGAAGAAUAAAAGAUGGAGAGUUGUAACUUUGCAAGGACAAAUUAUUGAGCAGUCUGGUACUAUGACAGGUGGUGGGGGAAGAGUUAUGAAAGGCAGAAUGGGAUCAUCUGUUAUGGUUGAAAUAUCAGAUGAACAGUUACAAAAAAUGGAAUCCAAACUUAAUUCUGACUCCAAUAAAGCCGCUGCAAUACAAGAACGCAAAGUACAGCUGGAAGAGGAGCUAACCAAACUUCGCCAAGCAACAAGAGAGAUGAAAAAUACUUUUGAGAAAUAUACAGCCAGCCUGCAGAGUCUCUCUGAGCAAGAAGUACACUUGAAAACCCAGUUGAAAGGGCUAGAAGCUAAUGUCGCUGCUACUGUACCGGAUAAAAACCAACAAAAACAAAUGGAAAAAAACCUGGAAAGCUUUAGAAAAGAAUAUGAAAAAGCAGCAGGGAAGUCAGGAAAAGUGGAAGAAGAAGUUAAAAGAUUGCACAAGCUCAUUGUUGAUAUUAACAAUCACAAGUUGAAAGCUCAGCAAGAUAAGUUGGAUAAAAUCAGCAAGGAGAUAGACGACUGCACAUCUGCUAUAACCAAAGCACAAGUUUCAAUCAAGACUGCAGACAGAAAUCUCAAAAAGGCAGAAGAUACUGUUGUCCGAACUGAACAGGAAAUUGUAGAAAAUGACGAAAGUAUUGAGGCAUUGACAGAAGAGCUUAAAAACCUUGAAGAAAAAGCCACUGCUGUAAUGAAUGAAUGCAAAGAAGCUGAGGGUUCUCUUCCAGAAAUUCAAGAAAAGCAUCGCGAUUUGCUUCACGAAAUCAAAGUUAUUCAGGAUAAGGAGCAUUCCCUCCAAAAGGAAGCGCUUAACAUUAGACUCAAAAUUGAGCAAAUUGACAGUCACAUAUCAGAACAUCAGUCAAAAAUCAAAUACUGGCAAAAAGAGAUAUCAAAGAUCACACUUCAUAGGAUAGAAGAUAAUCCAGAAGAGGUUCUUCCUGUACUAACACAGGAAGAACUAGAUGCAAUAAAAGAUCCUGAUCAAAUAAAAAAUCAAAUUGCACUACUGGAGGCGAAAAGUACUGAAAUGAAGCCAAACCUGGGUGCUAUUGCAGAAUAUAAAAAGAAGGAAGAAUUGUAUUUACAAAGAGUUGCAGAACUUGAUGAAAUUACAAAUGAAAGAGAUAACUUCAGACGAGCAUAUGAAGAUCUUCGUAAGCAACGGCUCAAUGAGUUCAUGGCAGGAUUCAAUAUUAUAACAAAUAAACUGAAAGAAAAUUACCAGAUGUUGACAUUAGGAGGAGAUGCUGAGCUUGAACUGGUAGACAGCUUGGAUCCAUUUUCAGAAGGCAUUAUGUUUAGUGUCCGACCACCAAAGAAAAGCUGGAAGAAAAUCUUUAACCUCUCAGGUGGAGAGAAGACAUUGAGCUCUUUAGCUUUGGUAUUUGCUCUUCAUCAUUAUAAACCAACUCCUCUUUAUUUUAUGGAUGAAAUUGAUGCAGCUCUGGACUUCAAAAAUGUAUCCAUCGUGGCUUUCUAUAUUUAUGAGCAAACUAAAAAUGCACAGUUCAUAAUAAUAUCUCUACGGAACAACAUGUUUGAGAUUGCCGACAGACUGAUUGGAAUUUAUAAGACUCAUAAUACCACAAAAAGUGUUGCCACAAAUCCAAAAGUCAUUGCAUCGAAGGGACUUGCUGAAACUAAUGCAGUCGGAUGCCAGUGAAUUUCAUGACAAAUUUGACAAAACAUGUCUUCUGAUUAGAUUGCUCUUCCCCCCUCACCUCCCCUUCUAAACCAUUAUUGUCUACCUCACCUGUUUCUUAUUCUGGCCCAUCAUGUAAACAGAGCUGCAACAUGGAACUUUACAACACGUGGACUUUUUCUUUUCCUCCGUUGUAAAUAUGUAUAGUUACUGUGUUGAUUUUGGUUUUUCUACAUAUCUUUCCUUGUGGUUAGUGGUCAAUAAAUAUAUUUUUAUAAUCUACAAGUUCCCAACAAA